AUGAACCAGAUCCGCCAGAUCCAGGCACUCAACCGCCGCGAGCUCGAGGCCGGCAUCCACGACCCCAACGCCUCGUGGCACGCCGACUACCGCGACACGGCCUUUGUCAACUUCGGCGGCCUGCCCUUCGACAUGUCCGAGGGCGACGUGCUGACCAUCUUCAGCCAGUUCGGCGAGCCCACCUUCCUCAAGCUGGCCCGCGACAAGGAGACGGGCAAGAGCCGCGGCUUCGGCUGGCUCAAGUACGAGGACCAGCGCAGCUGCGACCUGGCCGUCGACAACCUGGGCGGCGCCGAGGUCGCCGGCCGCCUCGUCCGCGUCGACCACGCCCGCUACAAGAGCCGCGACGACGAGGACGACUCCGAGUUCCGCGUCGGCUGGGACGACAUGCGCCGCCGCGAGCGCCGGGACCGCGGCGAGAAGAGCGAGAGCGACACCGAGGCCGACGGCGACGACAGGGACAAGGACGACGAGGAGCAGCGCAGGGCCCGCCGUCCCAUGCUCAAGGAGGAGCGCGAGCUGGCCCUGCUGAUGCAGGACCACGACGACGACGACCCCAUGAAGGCGUUCCUGAUCGAGGAGAAGAAGAAGGAGGUCGAGGACGCGCUGAGGAAGGAGGAGCGCAGGGAGAAGAAGCACAGGCACCACCACCACCACCACAGCCAUCGGCACCACCGCGGCCACCGGCCGCGCAGGGACGACGCCGACGGCGACGAGGGCCGCGACAGAGACCGGCCUAGGAGAUCCAGGCGAGACGAGACGCCCGUCGCUGACGACCGGCGGAAAGAGGCGACGCCCGAAGCCGCAGCCCGGGAUAAGGACAGAGAAAGGCACCGGGAUAGGGACCGAGAGCGCGACCGGAGGCGGCGCGACGACGAUGGGGACGGGGAGCGGCGGCGGGAGAAGGAUCGUCGGAGGGACCACGACGGCAGUGAGGACCACGAGAGGCGACGGGAGCGCCGCAGGGAGCGAGAUUACAACCCGGAUGACAGAGACCGCCGAGACCGCAAGAGGUCGAGAAGCAAGUCGCCACGUUCACAUCGAGACAGCCGUAGGUAA